AUGUCGGCCGUCUCCACGACGAUUGCAGCCACCACGAUUCCUCCGCGAACGGGCACAAGAGGGGCUGUCACAUCGUUUGUUCCUCUCACGACAACAUUUACGGCCGACUCAAUCUGCAGUAAGGUGUUCGUGAAAUUUGGUCCAAAUGGUCACGGUUUGAUGGGUUAUGACCCGGCGUAUGGAAGCAUCGAUCCACUCUAUAGCUGCAACCCAUCCGUCGUAUCAGAAUGGUUCACGCAGGUCACGAGUGGUACUAUCGCACCAGGCAAAACGGGUAUCAGCAUGGGUCCCUUCAUAUGUCCGUCGGGCUGGAGUACACUCGCAAACAAAAUUGUAGACUCGUCCAGUACACGGGCCGAGUGUUGCCCCCCCUCGUUCUCUUUAAUCUCCGGAAACUGUGUGAUGGGUGUCUACUCUGGCGAAACUCUCACGUAUGCUUCUCCAACAUCAGGCUCAAACUUCGGCACCUUCACGACCACGUUGACAGUCGGCUCGACCGUCGGUGCGAUUGCUAUCACAGGAUGGAAUGUCAACUAUGUUCGGAGUGUGGCGCCUUCCACUUCCACGAACAAUAAUAUGUCCAGCGCUACAGCCACAUCUUCAGUUGGGGAUUCUUCUAGGUCUACACUUUCUGGAGGAGGCAUAGCGGGCAUUGUCAUUGGUGUGGUUGCUGGUAUGGCGCUCCUCAUAGGGGCACUGUUCAUAUUCAUGAGGAAGAGAGGGAAGGCACAUCGACCAAGGGCUUUUGAAGCCGCUCCAGCCAAGGCCAGGCAGGCUCAACGCGCAGAGCUUCAUGAUCAACAAAUUGUGCAUGAACUGGAUCAGGAUAGGAUCGUGCCAGAGUUGCCCACGGAUAGAGAGGGGCCAUUCGAACUUGAAGGGGAAGAGAAGGAGAAAUAA